CCUUCAAUAAUUACUUAUUUAUACUUUUACCCAUCUUUUUAGUGAAAUAGAUUCCAACAAGAACUCUUUUAACACUCAAAAUUAUACAAAUUUACCUUUUUUACUACUCAAAUUUCAAUAAUUAUAAAUUUCAAAAUUAAUUGUAUGUCAACAGUGGAGACUAGCCAGAGCUCAUUAACGGGAUUAACUCUAGAAGUUAUUCUAAUGGCUUCGCCAGCCAUUUCGAAUGCUAUUCUAGUGAAGUGUUAUUUACGUAAAAAAAAAAGAAGGUGUUAUUUACGUGUUGCAAUUUGGAUUGACUACCAAAACGUUACCUCUAAUAAGUAUCACUCAGAAAAAAAAAUCUUAAGAAUAUUUCAACUAUUCAAAAAAACGUACAGCAUAUUGGAAUCUUUUUGUGACCUUAAAUCUUAAAUCCCCGUUGGCAAAAAAGAGUCAGAAUGCUCAUAAUUGUGGCAAUUAAAACUAAAAUCAUGGUACAAAUAUGAGCUGAUGGGUAUGGGUAUGAAUCUUGACCCAUGAUGGUCUUACAUGUGUUGGGCCCUUAAAAGUUUUCUUCUCAACAAAUGAUGCAUGCACAUCCUCAUUAUUUCUUACAUUAACUUAUUUUUCUUUUGUGAAGUAGGGGCUAAAACUCUUAACUAACAUUACAAAUAUAAUUGGGAAAACAUAUAACCUAUUUAUUUCCUUAGUGGAUUAGUCCUAAAAGAUCAUUAAACCUAACCCAAGUCGUUGGUGCUAGUUAUAGUUUGGUAACUACUUUCUGUAUUCAAUCUGAAGAGAGUAUUAAAAUGCACUGUCGAAACCGACCAGUCUAGUCCAAUAAGACUUGACCAGGAGGGUUUUCUUCCUUGUCGGGUCUAACUCAUGUAACAAAACUUUUACAAAUUCUGAACUUAAAAUGAUCCUUCACAUUUAAACCAACAAUAACUGAAGUUACUCUUAAACAUUUAGCAUGACCCUUCCCCUUUGUGUUGGUAAAAUCGCUAUAAAAAAUCUUGUGAUGUAUAGACCAAAACUACUAGUUAGUGAAAAAUGACAAGAAUAGAAUUGCACUUGUCAUGUGCUUAAGAAUUUGCCGUUUCCUUAAAGAAACUUGCAGACAAACAAAUGACUUAGCUGUAAGAAUUAAUCUCAUACGUACCCUUAAGCCCCACAAAAGGGUAACACAAAAGUCAAUAGAACUGAUCAAUAAAGAUGUAUAAAUGCAUGGGUAAAAUAGUAAACUUACCGACUAAUUUCUGUAAAUAACGCUUACCCGUUACCACCAAUCGUGGUCCUCUUCUGCUCGUACACACUCUUUUUAUAUAAUCUCUUUCUUUCACAUAAAGAGAAAGCGGAAUAAAAAGUGUUCAAGAGCUCAUAACAUCAAGAAAAAGUAUAUACAUUCUUCUGUAUAUCUCUGAGAAAUAUUAUGAUUGUUGUCUGACAUUGAACUUUUUAAAAAGAAAAAAAUCAUAAACUUCUCUCUGUUUUGCCAGAAUCUUAUAUUAUAAAGUAUAUUCUAUUCAUUACAGAUCUGCUCUUGGAUUUCGGAUUCUCCUGCAAACGUAAAGACGAAGUUCACAUUCUCAUUGUUUGUGCUUUGAAUCGGUGAAAGAUGAUUCAAAUGGAUGGUGGAGAUAGGCUGAGAGUGACUUUAUUAGAUCGUAUGUCAACGGUUGAGAGUAGCCGGAGCUGUUUAACUCUUGAAGCUAUUCUAAUGGCUGAUAAAAACAGAACCUCGCCGCAGAUUCUCUCACCACCGCCGUCGAGGAGCCAAUCUAACCGGUCACUUGUUGAAGUCAUGCAAAGAGAGCACCGACACAGUAGAGAUAAAACCGCUUGGAAAAGUCUCCGUGAAAAGCUCCGUCUUAAACAGGAAGCUUCGUCGGUGGAGGGAAGGAUUCGGUUAGGAGCUGUGUUGGCAGAGGAGAGAGCAUUAUCGGCUAGAGAAGAGGAAACGCCGGCGGAGAGGGAAGUGGAGCCGGCGAGGAUGUCAUUGAUGGAGUUGUUGGAAGAGAAUGAAGGGCAAAUGAGUUUUGUAAGUGUCGACGGAGAGGCGGAGGAGGAGGUGGCGGCAGUGACGGCGGCGGAGAUAAGUUGUUGUGUGUGUAUGGUUAGAAGCAAAGGAGCUGCGUUUAUUCCGUGUGGUCAUACGUUUUGUAGGUUGUGUUCUAGAGAGCUUUGGGUUCAAAGAGGAAACUGUCCUCUCUGUAAUACCACAAUUUUAGAAGUUCUUGAUCUUUUUUAGACUUUUCAGUUUAAUUAUCUUAAUUUAUCAUAAUCAGGUUGUUUCCUUUGUUGUUGUAAUGUGUCGUUGAAUAUUUGAUGAGUAAUCCUUUUGUAGAAAAUUAGUUUCCCUCUUAGCUCCAUGGAAUCCUAGUUUGUUUAUGUUAUUUGGAGUAAACACA